GAAUGGACAUCGACAUGACGCGGACUACGCCAACAGGGUCCUAAUCCUGAAGAAAACGCUGUACAAUGCAGGAUCAGGCGUUAUUCAGUCAAUAUCACUGGGGAGUCGUCGAGAGGUCUAUAUGGAGGAACAAACAUGUCAGAUAUGGCAUUGCAGCUCCAGGAAGGUCACAUCGACAGACUGAAGCUGAAGCAACAGGAAGCAUACUUGGGACCAAGGGCAAGUAGACAGUCUUGUGCCAACCCUAGUUGCGAACUAGACCUGUCGGCGACUUCAAUAAAAAUUUGACACACGACCUUCAGAAUCGGAUCCAUUCAUGAACCAGCAGACGAUAAGAAGGGACAUGCUCCUCAUGCGUUGCUCUAUCCAUGCGAUGCACAAGGUUGCCUUUGACCUGUCUACAACUCCAGUCUUCAUCUUCUUUCACCAGCGUGUCGCCGACUUGUCUUCCUUGCUCAGUGUCUCUUUUAUGAAUAUACCGCCUUCUUUAGACAUCAUCAAUGACUUGCGCGCUAGAACGGAAUCAGCUUAUCUGGGGGAGUGGAGCACACCAAAUGGCGCUUUCGACAUUUGGACAUUGGUUUUUGUCAAUGACUCUUUUGAUUUCAAUAGAUUGAUUCGUGAUCUGCUUAUCCAUUCAGCAUUUGAGCCUAAAGCAGCGAAACUGACGCCGCAUAACAUAAAUUCAAGAAAAGACUUCGCCCUCGGCCUCCCAUAUCUUUCACAAUGGCUCAUUUGCGUACACAGGGACUUGACAAGGCCCGUUCAGUUACGUUCAGUUAUAUUGCCAUUGGUAUCUUUAUCUCUUCCUUCUUUUUUUUUUUCUUGCAGCGGUUUGUUGCUUACACAUGUUCACUCCGCGAUAUAUAGUCCUAACGCAGUUUAAUACGUCUUUUUCUUUUUUUUCCUCCUUGUUGAUUCCAUUCCUGAAAACUAUCCUUUUUCUGCGUCCCCCCCCC